GAAGCUAGCGAAUAGAAUUAUGUUGCGCAAAAAAAUGCAGCAAGAGAAGAAUUCUGAGCAACUUCAACAAGAUCAGAACACGGGCGUUGUAACAUUAGACGACCAUGGACGAGAAGGUGAUUACAACCGCUUGGCCGAUGAUUAUACGCUGCUGCACCAUGCGCAAGGUAAGGAUUUGGCACAAAGAUCAUGUAAAACCUGUUCGGUAUUACACCCGUUUGAUCCAACCAAGUUAAAACCUGGAGAUCGAUAUAUCGGAGUGUUUACGCUGAGGAAAUCAGCAGCAGAAGGCUGCGAGCUGUGUUUAAUCCUCUUGGAAGUUGCAACUUACAAAGUGGAAUAUGUGUCUCACUUGAAAUUUUCUUUCCAAUAUGGCUACUUAGCUGCAGUAGCUUCUUGGGACAAGGAGAAAUUUCCCCAAAAAGAGUACUGUGUCAGCCUCCACACCUUGCCUGGUCAACCUUCACCAUGGCCUUGCUUUAGACCCCAUCAGCAUAUUCCUCCGCGAGUUGAGAUAUGUGAUGCAAUUCGCCAUAUCCAAAGGUGGCUCAGCCAGUGCGUGAGCCUUGAUAGUCCUGCUCUUACAGGCCAUCAAUGCCCCGAGGUCAGCAAACUUAUCAUGCCAGUGCUACCUACUCGUGUGCUAGAUGUUAGUCGGGUUGAAUCUGAUGGUAAAGUUUACUUGGUUCACAGCAAUGGAAAACGCCAAAAAUACACAACCUUAAGCCACUGUUGGGGCGAUACAAAUCAUACGCCUAUUACGACCUCGAAAGCCACUUUAUCUGAUAGAACGUCUGGGAUUGCUCUUGAAUCUUUACCAAAAACUUUCCGAGAUGCUGUAGUUAUCACCCAUCACCUUAACAUAAGUUAUAUAUGGAUUGAUUCACUUUGCAUCGUCCAAGAUAGUGAAGAAGAUUGGAAUUUGGAAGCUUCCAGAAUGGCACAGAUUUAUUCCUCUAGUUUUCUAAAUAUAGCUGCAGCUGCUUGCAAGGACAGUACUGUUGGCCUUUUUUAUGACGGCUGGAAUACGGAGAAUGGAUUCUUGGGGGCUCCGCAUGAGAUUCGGGUGUCAGGAAGUGCGUCAAACCACGGCGAUUAUUCGAUCUAUAUACAAGAGAUAGACCAUAGUCACUUUCACGAUUCCGAACUGCUUAUAGAAGGUCCCCUGAUGUCCCGAGCGUGGGUAUAUCAAGAACGUUUCCUAGCACCUCGAACUGUAUACUUCACAUCAGCAGAAAUCAUCUGGGAAUGCGGCAGCAUGGUCAUUUGUAAAUGCCCGUGUGAUAUUCAUUUUGGCCUUGACACAGCACCAAGGUAUCAUACCUAUAGCCACCGAGAGAAAAAAGAUCAAUGGUUCGGACAGUGGGGCAUAAUUGACGAAUACUCUAAGCUCAAUCUCACUAAGCCAGCAGAUAGGCUCCCAGCUAUUGCAGGGAUCGCGUCUCAUUUCGAGAGCCACAAACGUAGAAUGAAGAAUGGAAAACUGAAAACAUCACGCUAUUUGGCAGGCCUCUGGGAAGAUAACUUGCAUCAUGAUUUGCUAUGGCGUGUGAUCUUCCCGGAGAAUAAACCUCGUGAGGUUGUCCGAAUCGUCCCAUACAAUGCGCCCACAUGGUCAUGGGCUUCUCUGGAUUCAAGGUUUUUAUCAAGCAGGAAGCCAGGUCAGGGUGUUAACAUAGGGAACCACUACAGUGCUGGUGGUGUAGCCCCCGAUUUAAAAAUCUUGGAUUGCUUUACAACUCUAGUCGAUCCAUCUAAUGUGUAUGGUGGUGUCAGAAGUGGAAAGAUUGUUUUGCAAGGAAGAUCUGUUACACCAUUAAAAGUGAAAUUGCUCUAUGAGGAAUUCCAGUGUUACAAAUUGUUCUUCCAUAAUGUUAAAGCAAGGGUUCGAUCGAAAAAAAAUCCGAAUUUUGGGAAGCUGAUGGCAGACAUUCCGCUGACGUCGUCAAAAAUCAUCAAAGACAGAGUCGAUUGUGGAGAAUUACAUUGCUUGUGGAUUAAUUCAUUCCAAGGGGUUAGGAAUAACGAUUACUGUCAUUUAGCACUAGUUUUAAAACGAUCAGAAACUUCUGAGGUAUAUGAGAGAGUUGGUCUUGCCACGUUUGACAAGGGUGAUGGCGUAGCAGUCAAUGGUGGAGUCGGUAAAUCUACUUUUGGUGAAUUUAUGGAAUUCAUUUGGACGGAAAGUAGCAUCCAAUCAUUUGAGGUUGUCUAAAUCGGGGUGCAUACGUCAAAUAAGCGACUUCGACGAUGGGCUCAAACUGUUUGGAAGAUUUCCCAUACAUCCAGGGAGUCUAUAAGGAGACGAUUGAAUCAAUGAUAGAUAUCAAUCCUUCUUCCCUUUAGUCCUCAACACCAUUCAAACAUUCACACCCGUGAAAUAUUCA